UUUGACUUCAUCAACGACGUUAGCAAAAAGCAAAGAGGCAUAUGUAACAGCGUUGCCAUUUGCCAAGAACAGGAGCUCUUACGAAUUACUACAAAUAAUGGCCAGUUGGUGGCCAUGCAGCUGCAGCUUCAACCUCAAGUGUGGGAUUUCAAGCUUUUCAUUUCUUUCACUUUUGCUCUUCCUUCUGCCUCCCUCGAGUCAAUGGAGAUGGAUGCGAGCAGUGCUGAUGAUGGGCGCAUCAGAACAGGGACUGUGUGGACUGCAACUGCCCACGCCUUCACAGCUAUUCUCGGUUCUGGAAUAUUGGCACUGCCAUGGAGUGUUGCUCAAUUGGGCUGGAUCCUCGGACCAUUUUUUCUGGUUUUCUUUGCUGCUGUUACAUAUUAUAUAGCUAUCCUUUUAUGUGACUGCUAUAGAACUCCUGACCCUGUUAAAGGAAGGAGGAACUACACGUAUAUGGAUGCUGUCAGAGCACUAUUAGGUCCAAAACAUGUACUGAUCAGUGGUAUAAUGCAAUAUUCUAUGCUAUGGGGAAUAAUGAUUGGCUUCACAAUAACAGCUGCCAUUAGUACAGCGACAAUGAAGAGGUCAGCCUGUUUCCAUGAGAAAGGAGCUAACGCAGAAUGUGGGGUGUCAGGAAAUUCAUACAUGCUUGCUUUUGGGGCAUUGGAAAUUCUGCUGUCUCAAUUUCCAAGCCUGGAAAAAGUAACAUUUCUCUCAGUAAUCGCAACACUGACCUCACUUGCAUAUGCACUCAUUGCUCUGUGUCUAUCCAUUGCAAAAUUCUCCAUCCAACAUGAGGCUAAAGGGACUAUAAUGGUUGCCAUGGCCGGCGAGGGGUUAGCUACAUCCACCAAAAUCUGGCAGGUCUUUCAAGCUCUCGGUAAUAUUGUAUUUUCCUACACCUAUUCCAUGCUGCUACUCGAAAUUCAGGACACCUUAAAGUCACCACCGGCAGAGAACAAGGCAAUGAAGAGGGUUACAUUAUAUGCCAUUGGUGGAACUGCACUGUUCUACACUUCCUUGGGAUGCAUGGGGUAUGUUGCUUUUGGAGCUGAGGUUCCUGGAAAUUAUCUCACUGGGUUUUACAAACCACUUUGGCUUGUUGAUAUUGCAAAUCUUGCUGUGAUCAUACAUCUGAUUGUAGGAUAUCAGGUGUUUGCCCAAACAAUUUUUGCUAUGAAUGAGAAGUCGCUUGCAACAAGAUGGCAAGCUCACGGUUCUUUCUUCAAUAAGAUUUAUACCGUAAGGUUCCAAUAUUGCAAACAAGAUUAUUCAUUUCAGUUUACACCAAGCAGGCUUCUUCUAAGGACAGGUUUUGUUAUUUUUACAACUUUGGUAGCAAUGAUGUUCCCAUUCUUCAAUGCCAUUUUGGGUCUUCUGGGCUCCAUUUCUUUCUGGCCAUUAACUGUCUACUUCCCCUUGAACAUGUACAUGGUUCAAGCAAACAUCAAGAGAGGAGAUUCUACAUGGAUAAUGUUUCAAGUUCUGAGCUUAUUGUGCUUGGUUGUCUCACUGGUUUCUGCUAUUGGUUCUGUGGCUGGCAUGCUAGAGCAUCUUAAGCAUGCCCAGCUAUUUCAUAUUAACCUUUAGAUAGUGUAGAUCCUUGUCGUUUUCAGAUAAC